AUGGAUUAUUUGCCCAUGAUUUUUUCUCUGCUGUUUGUGGCUUUCCAAGGAACUCCAGAAACAGCGGUCUUGGGCGCCGAGCUCAGCACCGAGCUCAGCACCGGGGCUGAUAACGGCGUGGAGAAGCCCCCUCCCGGUGCACCCUGGAGGCCCCGGCGCUCCAAGCGCUGCUCCUGCUCAUCCUUGAUGGAUAAAGAGUGCGUCUACUUCUGCCACCUCGACAUCAUCUGGGUCAACACUCCCGAGCACGUUGUUCCCUAUGGACUUGGAAGCCCUUCUCGGUCCAAGCGAUCCUUGAAGGAUUUAUUUCCCACAAAGGCAACAGACCACAGGGAUAGAUGCCAGUGUGCUAGCCAAAAAGACAAGAAGUGCUGGAAUUUUUGCCAAGCAGGAAAAGAACUCAGAGCCCAAGACACUAUGGAGAAAGGCUGGGAUAACUAUAAGAAAGGAAAAGACUGUUCCAAGCUUGGAAAGAAGUGUAUUCAGCAGCAGCUAGUGGAAGGAAGAAAAAUGAGAAGGUAAGAGGUUCACAAGAACAGCCAGG